UAUUCAUGCUUUGGCAGUGAGUGGGCAGUAAGAAAGAGCGAAGAUAUUCUCUUAUGCAGUGAGCUACACGGAUAGAAGUUGGCUAGACAUCCGAGGACGUGUAAUCGUGCUUACAAAAAUGUCACGCAGACAACGCUUAGCCCUUGUAGCAGCUGGACAUCUCGGCACAUUAUCUGCCCCACAAAACAGUGCCAGUUCAGUGAAAUGGAUGUGCAUGGUGGUUCAUCAUUUCGCCUGUAGUUAAUAACCAGUUCAACUUCCAAUAUGGUAGAAGAGGUUGUUGUCGAGCUGUGGGUUGUUGUCAUGUCCCCCAAGUGCCGAUAGUGGUGCUGUGAGGAGUCUACCGAGGACUGAACUAAAAAACCCCAGCAGCCUGUACUUCCAAUGUUAGCCGAGGAUAAAAUUCAUUUAAAUGCCUCACCGCUCUAAAGUUAAUGGCGUACGACUUCAGAAAGGAGUAUUUUCCGUAGAAUAUCGAGUGCCGAUGCACAACUGGUCCGGCUGAUUAUAUUAGACAUUUCCAGUCUAUCCGGAGCGAAUACCCCGUAGAGCCUAUACUAAUUUAAGCUGAUGUUCUCAAGGACCAGAGUCACGUGAUGUACGAGGGGAAACACAUACACUUCUCGGAGGUGGACAAUAAGCCAUUGUGCUCAUAUAGCCCUAAGCUGUGCAAGCAGCGCAGACUCAACGGUUACGCCUUCUGCAUACGGCAUGUUUUAGAGGACAAGACUGCUCCCUUCAAACAAUGUGAAUAUGUGGCCAAGUACAACAGCCAGCGAUGCACCAACCCCAUCCCCAAAGCUGAGGACCGCAGAUACUGUAACAGCCACCUGCAAGUGCUGGGCUUCAUCCCCAAAAAAGAGCGCAAGAAGAAGCACGAUGCACUGGAGUCCGUAGCACUGAACAUCACCGUGCCGCCUCUGGCUCUCAAAGCCUCCAAUGGGCUGGAUGGCUUGCCUCCGUCUCCCCCAUACACCCACCUGCCUGCCCUAACCCUGCCUGACACGGAGCUGCUCGACCCCUUCGCCUUUUACGAGGAGGACACAGAUGGAGGCGAGAGCACCAUGCCGAAGAACUCUGUGGUUAAGCGGAAACCCCCCGGGCGGCCGACGGCCAGUCAGCCAGUGCCACCCCGUGAUGCGGGGCUUCCUCCGCCCACCUCGGAGCAACUUACACCAGUUGCGGCAACCUGCGCGCUGCCCUCCUCCCCGCACCUCCAACCACCAGCACCGCCGCCUCCACCUCCUCCUCCGCCCCCACCUCCGGGGCUCCUCCCACCACCCCAGCAUGCUGUUCUGUCCUCCUAUGUCCUACAGGGGACACCGCAGGGUCUGCUAUGCAAGUCAGCCCCACCUCAGGCUGGCACCUCUCUGCUGACCACCGUGCCCCCCUCCGCAGGCCAGCAGAGCCGGCCUCUCGGCCAGAAAGCCCUCGUCACUGCCCCCGGCCACCUGUCCGCUGCCCAGGACUGCCCACAGCGCCGCCCAGUGGCUAUGCGACCCACUGCCUUCACAGCGCCCCCUGCCUGCCUGCUUAGGCUGCAGCAUCUGGUGCAGCUCUGUGCUCAGAGACAUAGAGAGCACGGAGAUCUGUUCCCUCACCUUGGGCUGGACUGGUCUGAAGACAGUGCUGAUGAGGAUGAAGAUGCAGAGGAGAGAAUUCCUUCAUUGCCUCAGGUCUGGAGACAAGGAGAAAGAAGUCCUCACCACUACUCCUUCACGGAGGGGGCGGUUCCGCGGCGGUCCCGCCUCGCGCGCCUCUGCACGUACCUGCAGGAGCGCUACAAGCACCUGUGCCGGCAGGAGAGGGCCGCCAUGCGCCACAGGAGACACCGCUACGCCUUCAGGAAAGCCCUGCUCCAUGCGGCCAGCAAGGAACCCGACUGCACUGGCCAGCUGAUCCAGCAGCUCAGCAAAAACACACACAACCCCAGCAGGCCUGCGGUGCCCCAGGAAGUGGAAAAGGUGCUUUGUACAGGAAGUACAAAGGGUCAACCAUGCAGCAGUCCAGCUCUGCCUUUCACACGCCACUGCUUCCAACAUAUCCUGCAGAACCGAUCACAGCACCUCUUCUCCAGCUGCACGGCGCGGUUUGCUGACGGACAGCAGUGCUCCGUGCCUGUCUUCGACAUCACCCACCAAACGCCUCUCUGUGACGAACAUGCCAAGAAAAUGGAUAAUUUCCUGCGCGGGGACAGUAACAGGCGUGUGCAGCAGCAGCGGCGGCCACGGAAAAAGACCAAACCACCAGCGCUGACCAAGAAACACAAGAAAAAGAGGAGGAGAGGGCCUCGUCGCCCCCAGAAACCCAUCCCUCCUGCCCUCCCGCUUGGCAAUCUGCCCAUGCCCCCAACGCUGGCACUGCCCACCCACCACGCCAGCAUCAGGAGUCCAUCUACGCCUGACCUCAGCGCCGAUGAACUUCCCGAUGACAUCACCAAUGACAUAGCAGACAUUCCAAACGAUUUGGAGUUGAAUCAGGAAGACUUUUCAGAUGUGCUACCCAGACUACCAGAUGACCUGCAGGACUUUGACCUCUUUGAGGGCAAGAAUGGGGAAUUGUUACCCACGACAGAAGAGGCUGAGGAGUUGGUGCGCGCAUUACAGGCGAUGGGUUCGUAUCCAGAUUCGCUAGUUGGUUUGACCUCCAUGGGUGAUCUGACCCAGGCUGACGGGGUCGACCAUCGCACCAUGAGCGUGUUCUCUGGGUCAGGAGUCUCAGCGGCAGGCAUGGGGGAUCUCCUAAAUGGUCGAAUAGCAGCCGACAGCUUCCCCAAUCUGGAGCUGGAGGACAAUCUCCUUCACCCCUCAGCAGACGAUCACUUUCCUCCCUCCCCGUCUCCCCGGCCGCCCUCGGCCACGGCUCCGGCUGCAGUGCCCCCUUCGGUCCAGAGCAGCGCGUUGUCAGAGCGGCCGUUCCCCCGUGCCACCCUCUCUAAGGUGGAGCCCCCAUUGCCCUCUCCACCCGGCAGCCAUUACGGCAGCGAUCACGUGCCAUCGCCAUACAGCGACCAUAUCUCCUCGCCCCACACGGGCUCCUACCACACCGAGCCUCCCCUCAUGCUUGAGGUGCCUCUGAGCAGCUUGCCGGGUGCGCCGCGUGCUCCCUGGAGCAACCUGCCGCUCUCGCUCGCAGACCCGGCACAGUUCGGCAACCUCCUGAACCCCGACACUCAUCUGCUCUCCACGUCCCUCUCCACCCCACCCUCUAACACGCACCCUGCAGCGCUGCAGCCAACGGCCGCCCUGACAGCCCUGCCCCAACCGGGCCUCACGGGCCUCACGGCCCCCCCCGCCCCCUCCGCGUCCCCCUCCGGUUCCCCGAGAGACCUCCUCAACCCCACCACCCAGCCCAAACUGCAGCUGCCGCAGUUCAGUGCGGCCUUCGGCCACCAGCUGGCCUCGCACAGCGGAAUCCCCAAGGACCUCCAGCCAAGCCACAGUUCCACAGCUCCCCCUACUGGGUUCACUAUUGCUAGUGCCACUGCUGCAAGUGCCAAUAGCACGACUCCACCGUUCCAGCAGAGCAAGUGAGAGGGAAAGGCAAACAUUCUCCCAAACCAACAGCAAAGCCUUAUUCAGGGUUUACUCAGAACGCUGGUGUGAUCUGAUCUGGUGCCCUGACGCUGCUCACAAACCACUCUGCUGUCACUGCCGGAUCACUUUACCCGCCUUUCAAGACUUUUAUUGGCCUUUUAGCGUUGUUACAAGUUAAUUAAAAUCCUUAUUGUCUGAUGAUAUGGUCAGAUUAUAGUAUUAAAUAUUGGUAUUGGUAGAAAAUACCAACACAUCUGGGAAAGAUGUUUCAUGUAUUUAGCAAAUAUGCAUAAUUUGGACAUUAAAUUAUUCUUGCUGUCACUCGUUCAUGCAGAAGAGAGUAGAGGCUUGUUUAGCUGGCAUUCCUGCAUUUGUUGGGAUGACUGUGCAGGUUCGUUUGGGACGCAGAGAACUCCCUCUGGUCUGAAGACGACAGCGUUGUCAUGUUUUUGCCGAGUUUAGCGUCAGUAGCGUCAGUUUAACUGAGAACAGCUCUCUCACCAUGUGGCUGCCUCACCUACAUGAGCACUUCAGUUCCGCACCCAUCCUUUCCCCUGCUUCUGGGGCAGGCCUUCAUUUGGUGGAAACGGGCACCAGCAGGAGUCUCGGUGUGUCUGCGGUCCUUACGGCCGCGCGUCUCUGUGUAUAAAUCCGAUCCCAGCUGGGCUAUCCAGUAUGGCGGGAAUCAGCUAAAUGGCUUUUAUCCAGAAGAUUCUUUUUAUAUUGCACUGUACAUAUUUACCCUUUUAUGCAGACACUCAGAUUAUGCUUACUCAGAGGACUUAGCCUGGGCUGUACACGUUCAUGUUCAGAGACCUCACAGACACCUCUACGUAAAACCUGGUUACUCAAGCAAUAAAGCACAUCAGCAUAUUUUCUCAUCCCAGUAUUGAACUGUGUGUCAGUCUGAGUUGUGUUCUUCAUAGCACCUAGACAGCCCAAGUAUAGGGGAAGUCUGGUGCUGUGAAAAGAAAACCCAUUUCGGUUUCAAAGGUAACAAUAAAGGCUGAACUCUUUUCUGGUUAAUGGCAGAGCUGGAGCUAGGCUGUUUUCUAUUCAUUAAAAAACACCAUUAUGAAACUCCCACAGAAAAUAUUCCAUAGCUUUUACAUUUAUGACAAGAAAGAAUAUAUAAAUAUAUAUCAUUUUUAUUUUUUAUUUUUUUUGGUAGAGUUUUCACCAGAUAUAUUGAUUGGAAAUGUCUGUUUCUCUUUAUGGUGCUUAUUAGGUUUAGAAUAUAAAGGCCUAGCGAGGUUUCUCUCCAAAACCAAGAGCAGAGCAGUCCUUUACUAGUUCUGCGGCUAGUCAUGAGGAAUGCCUGGAGGAAUGACUGACAUCACCCUAAAUUGCCAUGUCUCUGCUGUGCUGGGACCUUCGGUGCAAUUGUUGUGUUGUUUUUAAACGCAGUCCAGGACUGUGACUUUUCCUCAUCAGACUUCGACGGUAACAUGAACCAGGUUUAAAUUCAGCAGUGCCCAGGAGGUUGGAUGCUGUCUGUGGCCCCUAAAAGCACCGUGGCUUGGCCCGCUCCCUGUAAGAGGCAGCACAAGGAACUCAUCUCCCCACUUAAUCCUGGCCUGUAUCUAACUCUUCUUUAGCUAUCACAGUAAAUUAUGGGUUUCUGGUAGAUUUUAGACACGGAAUGAUUAUCACAUGUUGUCGUGUAAAAUAUAGAGUAGCGGUUGGAUUCGGAAGUAGCAAUUGGGUUUUAAUUGAUAAGUUAUUGAUGAGAUAACUGGGAGACUGUGGACUGACUGAGGGUAAAAGAAAAAUGUCAUUUGCAGGAAACCAAGUGGAACUCUAGUUUUGUGGUGUAACACUGCUUUUAAUGGCUAUCAAAAUUCUAGUGGUCGAUGUUUCAUGUUGAAUGACUAUCGUUGGUGUAUUUUUGUUGUUUAUUUGGACAAAAAGACUGUGAUCAUGUUGGACAGUAUUUUUGAUAGCUAUUAAAAUCCAGCUAAUAGUUAUGGCUAAGAGAUUCGCGUUUGCAUUACCAUAAACAGAAAAACUUUGACCCUUACAAUGAAAUAACAUCGAAGCUUGUUUCCAAAGAGAAAGAUUAAUAAGAAUGCGCGAGUAGGGUUACUGAACGCUUUUUCCCCUCAAAACUUUGACACACACAUAAUUCUUUUGGUUUGAAAUUGUAGUCAGUUUAUCAUAUAGAGGAACUUGCAGCUGUGUAGCAUCAGUGAUUUGAUUUUAUUUUUUUUGGCAAUGGUUUGUUCUAGUAAAUCAACGCCACUAACAAGCUUUGGCUGCUGGAAGAUAGAAUUUUCAUAUCUGAUUCACUGAUUUAAAGAAAUUAUACUAGCAAGAAAAGCUCUGUGCUUUUCAAUCCCUUCUACCAUACCAUGUCUCUCCAACUCCAGGUUUUUAAUGGGCUUUACUUGCAAAGAAUGUGAUCCCACUGCGUUUCACAUAAAACAUGGGGAGAUUUACUGCCCAGCAAAACCCUCUAAAGCAUACCAUCUUCAGGGCUCGGUUGGCACUUGAAACUGCUUGAAAUUUGAAAGAUAGCUGACAAAUUCCUAUUCUCAUUGAAUGUACUGUAUAACUGUUUUUAAAUGAUAGGAUGAGCUAAUAAUAAUAUAGUCACCUUUUGUUAUUGGUCCUUGCUUAAUUUGUCUAAGGUAUUUUUUGUAUACAAAAGUUUACAUUUUUAUGUAUAUUUUUCUUGUACAAAUUAUGUAAUAUGUGUAUAAACAAUGUAUGUAAUAUCUGUAUAUAGUGUGACAAAAUUUGAUCUGUUUUUGGAUGUAUGAAUAAAACUUGCUGUGCGUAAUUUUUUUUUUUGUUGUAUGUUAAACCGAAGACUAAAGUCAGUAGGUCUGUGUCCUGUUAAUUUGCACAUUGUUUGCCAAAUGACGUUCAUCCUAGCUGUUUUAGCUCCCUGU